UUUCUUCCGCUCUAAUCCCUUCUCCCGGAAGUUAUUAACCCUGAGGCGGAACCGGAAGUCAAUUCCAGGUGCUGGUGCCACGUCCGUCGCUGUGCUGUGCUUUGGUGUCCCAGAGUGGGACUCUGGAGGGUGCGAUGGCUGAUUGGACUCGCGCUCCGAGCUCUGGUGCUGUGGAGGAGAUUCUAGACCGAGAGAACAAGCGGAUGGCUGAUAGCCUGGCCUCCAAGGUUACCAGGCUCAAAUCGCUGGCCUUGGACAUCGAUAGGGACACAGAAGACCAGAACCGAUACCUAGAUGGCAUGGACUCAGACUUCACAAGUGUGACUGGCCUACUCACCGGGAGUGUGAAGCGCUUUUCCACAGUGGCACGCUCUGGGCGAGACAACCGGAAGCUUCUGUGUGGUAUGGCUGUGGUCUUAAUUGUGGCCUUCUUCAUCCUCUCCUACCUUUUGUCGAGGACAAGGACGUGAGCCAAUGGGACCCAAGGGCAGCCAGGCUCUCCUACACCUGGUAUCGUGUUUUCCUGAGGACCUGAUUACAAAAUGAAUUCCUUUGAAAUUAACGUCAUGGGUUAUUCAUCUUCCUAAGAUGGGACAACUGCAGCUGCCUUUGUCAUAAUGAGCUCCUGUCCUGUGUAUGAAGGAGGAAGAAAAAGGCAAAACCAAACCAAACAGUGGAGACACUGUUAAAGCCAGAGCCACAGUGCACGAGAAUGAACUAGGUCUAAGCAGAGUAUCGUUGGGUCCUGAAUUUGCCCACUGUGGCCGACAGCCUCAAAAGCCAGCAUCUUAGGGGUCUUCUGUCUUGCCCUAACUUGCCCAUGCUUAGUUAAGACCAUCUGUGUUCUUGAGGAGUCAGGAGCUGACACAGAAUGGGGAUAUGGCCAUAAGCCCUCUUCAAAUGCUGGUCAUCAGGAUGGAUAUGGCAGUAACUUCAGGCUGAGGCUGCUGACCAGGAACGAACCUGUGCAGGCCGAGUCAAGGCCGUACCCACCAGUCACUGGCUGAAGUCAGACCCCAGGGAAGAGGCAAAGCUGCGGGUAGAGGAGUGGACUGCAGGUCUUGUUAUCGGCAUUGGAAUAAGAUCCUUCUGGGCCACAAGACUGUGUGUCCAGGAGCUGAGAUGUGUGUCCUUGGGAUUGAGAAUCUUCUCAGUGCCAAAGAUGUAUCCAUCUCCAGGCACACAUGUUGAGAAAUUGUGAAGUUUGGCUUUUCAAAGUCAGGCCAUACUGGAGUGGUCUUUCUGCUGGGGAUCCUUAUGGGGCAGAAAGCCACCUAUGAAAGAAUUUGUAGCAGGAGCUUUUGACCUUAUAUUGAACCUUGCCCUACUCUGUACAGCCAGUCUCCCACGCUGUUGGGGAGCUUGAGCCACCUCCUUGUUGCAUAACUAACCCCACAGAUUUGUGUUUCCUUGUUCUCCUGGUCCUCCCUUCGUCCUUGGCCAGUCCCAUUUGUAUACAAACUGACCAGUGGAGCUGGUGGGGCCAACAGUUUAUCAGAGCCCAGCACUUUUUGUUUUCACAUAAAAUGUCUAAGAAACGA